CUUACUCUUACAUUUCUUUUCUUCACUGCACAUUCUGAUAAAACUCCAAGUCUCCACCCCUUCCCUUUAUCUUCCCAUCCCUCUGUACAUCAGUUCUUCAGUACUCAGCUUUUAAAUACUUUUUCGUUUUUUUCUCCCUUCUCUUUAUAAGAGACCAGUGAUAAACCAUGGAUAUUGACCUGUUAAAGUCUGCACCAGAAGAUCAGAUGGAGAUGAUGAUGAUGCAGAUGGACAAGCUUCCCGAAUUCUGCGGGAGCUAUAAUGAAAUGGCCGAAUUGCCGUCGAUGGGGUUUUCUGGAGGUGGCAGUGCUACCAUGCCUCAAAUCUUUGAUAACCCACAUGUUGCUUCACCCACAUUCAUAAACUCACCCUCCACCAUAUCAUUCAACGGAAUCACGCCUCCCCAAGAACCAACUGCACCGGCCUUUUUAACCAAUUCAGCUGUAGCGAGAUGGAGGGGCACCGGAGAAUUAUCUGGUGUGUGCAAUUUGUCUACACCAGCUCAGAAGCGGAAUUCCAUGGCGGCCAUGAGGGAGAUGAUAUUCCGGAUUGCAGCCAUGCAGCCCGUUCACAUAGACCCAGAAUCGGUGAAGCCGCCAAAGCGGAGGAACGUGAAGAUAUCAAAGGACCCUCAAAGCGUUGCUGCACGUCAUCGGAGAGAAAGGAUAAGCGAGAAAAUAAGGAUACUUCAAAGACUAGUCCCUGGAGGAACCAAAAUGGACACAGCUUCCAUGCUGGACGAAGCAAUUCACUAUGUGAAGUUUUUGAAGACCCAGGUGCAAUCCCUGGAGCGAGCCGCUGCUAAUAGGCCGGCCGGCAUUGGAUUCCCGGUAACCAUGUCUAAUGGGAGUUAUCUUCCCAUCACAAAACAAUACCAACCUUCCCAAAACCUUCACCAUUAUCCAGAUGCUUAACUAAGGGAGAGAAUCAUGAGCUAGCUUUCUAAGUAUAAUUGCAAUUUGACUAGUGAUGCUAGCUUGCAAGGUUGUAAAGAUAGAUCAUGCAUGGCUCUUAUUCUCUUCAUGAUUAGGCUUGUGAUCCAUCUUAUCUUACUAUUAAAUAAUUACAAAUCCGUGAAUAGAAAUAUAGCCCAACUGUUGAAACUUGUUGGGUAAGAGA